AUGAAGACCACAUUCGCCGUCAUCAUCUCCGUCCUCACGGCAUCUAUCUCGGCCGCUCCUCUUGAGGCCCGUCAGUCCAACCAAGUGACUCUGGCCCUGUCUAACGACCAGAGCGGUGCCUAUGCCGGCGUUGCCUUCGCCGCUGACGGAACCGACAAGAGCAUCAAAGCUCUCUACGGCGGCACCUCUGUUGGAGCGAGCGGCUCCGUUCUCGCUUCUUCCGCUCAGCUGGCAUCAUUCCCUCAGACAAUCCACUGCGUUAUCAAGAACAACGGCGCAGUCAUUGCAAAUCUCGAUGCUCAGCAUACCUUUGCUGAUUUGGACGGAAACCCGGCUUCUGCUACUCCUGUCAACCUCGACCACGAACCAUCCAUCUUCACACGGGACUAUGGCCGUUAG